AUGCUGCUGGUUGGCGGUUUUGCUGAUUCUGCCCUUCUCCAACAGAAAACCAAAGAAGCUUUUUCGAGACAAGUCAGAGUGCUGGUUCCAAACAAUGCCAGCGCAGCGGUCGUUGAGGGUGCCGUGGUAUUUGGAAAGCAGCCUGGAAAAAUUACAGAAAGAGUGGUUUCUACGACGUAUGGCGCUGGUUGUUCGCGGAAUUUCAAUUAUGGUGUGCAUCCGGAGGAGAAGAAAUUCAUUGCAGAUGGCGUCGAGAAGUGUAAAGAUCUUUUUAAUCUAUUUGUACUUGAGAAUUCCUCAGUGCGAUUUGGGCAAAAAGUUACAAAAGAAUACUCACCUCUUUACGCCAACGACAAAGAAAUAACCUAUGACUUUUAUUCAGCCAGCUAUCCAGAUACCCAGUUUACUACAGAUUUUGGCGUCAAAAAGCUCGGGAGUGUCACGGUUCUGUCGCCUGACACAUGGAGAGGUAAAGACAGAGACCUUGAAGUCAGCAUGUAUUUUGGUGGAACAGAAAUCACCGCCACAGCCCGUGAUGUUUCAAGUGGAAACGUGGCCCAAACUAAAAUUGACUUUUUGCAUAAAUAA